GUUGAGCUCUCUAACCACCCUUUGGGGAAAGACGAACAGCUGCGGGGAGCACUCGGGACCUGCUUUCAGUGAACCAUGGGGCUCAGUGAUCAGGAAUGGCAGCACGUCCUGACCAUCUGGGGAAAGGUGGAGUCUGACCUCCCUGGCCAUGGGCAUGCAGUUUUAAUCAGACUCUUUCAGGACCACCCUGAGACCUUGGAUCGCUUUGAAAAGUUCAAAGGCCUGAAGACCCCUGAUCAGAUGAAGGGCUCUGAAGAUCUGAAGAAACAUGGAGUUACUGUUCUUACCCAGCUGGGCAAAAUCCUGAAGCAGAAGGGUAAUCAUGAGUCAGAGUUGAAGCCCCUGGCUCAAACCCAUGCAACUAAGCACAAAAUCCCUGUCAAAUAUCUGGAGUUCAUUUCUGAAGUCAUUAUCAAGGUCAUUGCCGAAAAACACUCUGCAGAUUUUGGGGCUGAUGCCCAGGCUGCGAUGAAGAAGGCCCUGGAGCUGUUUCGAAAUGAUAUGGCCAGCAAGUACAAGGAGUUCGGUUUCCAGGGUUAGCACAUAUGCACAGAGAAACACCAUGGUGGAGGCCUGGCCAUGCAUCUUAGAGUAGCUUCCCCAGCACUGUUUUGGACAUCUCACAAUUGACCAUCCAAGAUGUAUGGGAAAGCUUUGAUGAGAGGCCAAGAAUCACUCCAGGCAGUUUAGAAGCACCCAGAGUGAUAUCCAUUAUAAACUGUUGUUUCCUAGCUUCAUGUAUACAAGAGAAAUAAUCUGCUUUCUUAGGAAAAAUAACAUAAGGGGUUAUCUGUGAGCUUCUGCCUAUCCUCAUCUGGGAGGCAAAUGGCAUGGCCAGAAAUGAAGGAAUGUGGAGGAACAAGGGGAAUGUUGAGGAGUGUGGUAAAGGAGGGAGUGAAGGACUGACUCAAAUGGUAUGAGAAGGAUGUCAGGAUGGGAAGCAGGGUUACAGCAUCGUGUUCCUCCCACAGGUGUGACUGUUAGCAGGUUACUGUGGAGAGCUUCCAGCAUAGUAUUACCUUGCUUCGUGGGGGUAAAUGCAGCCAGUAAGUCUCUAGGGUCUGUCAGCUCAGAAACUUGCGUUAGCUGCUAAACUCACAUUAGCAAAACUGUAAAGAGCAGUACUCCCUGCAUUCUAUAGGUUUCUGGUAACUGCUGCUACGCAUCUGAAGUUCUGUUGCACCAGGAAGUAAAGUAUGUGUUUCUCAGAAAAUAAAAAUUCCUGCACCA